UCCAACCCUUCCCCCAUCGGGAAACACGCAGCAUAAUGAGCCAGGGUGAUGAAUGAAAUGCAGUGCCUGCUUUUACAUUGAGCGGCCAUCUUCAAUAAAAUACUCCAGGUCUGAUACGCGUAUUUCUUUGUUUGAUAUCGACGAUCGAUUAAAAAUUAACUUCGAAGACUGGGUAAAUUAAAAGACGGUUUGCGUCUUUAAUUUUGUUAAAACUCUAAAACCAGAAAAGCGAUGGCGAGAUCGCGAGGAGGAAGCAGGUUUACUGUUUUCCUAUUUUGUGUAUCGUACCUGGUUUCAGGACAAAUUCACUACAGGAUUCCAGAGGAACUGGAAUACGGGGCAUUUGUCGGAAAUAUCGUUUCAGAUCUAAUGCUAAAUAUCUGGGAGUUAUCCACGCGUAAUCUGCGGCUGGUGUCUGAAGAUGUAAAACAGUACAUAGAGCUAAAUCGAGAAGAUGGUGCUUUAUUUGUCAACGGUCGGAUCGACAGAGAACAGUUAUGUCGGCAAAGCUCAAUUUGUUCCCUUUUUCUACAAAUAGCACUCGAUAACCCGCUUGAAAUACAUCGCGUUGUGGUGGAAAUACGAGACGUAAAUGACAAUUCGCCUAGUUUUUCAAAAGAUGAAUUUUCACUUGAGAUUAGCGAAUCGAUUGCACCAGGGACACAUUUCCCCGUCGAAAGCGCGCAAGACCCGGACGUGGGUAUAAAUACAAUCAGCACUUACCACAUUAGCCCAAACGACCACUUUGGCCUCAAGGUGCAGACCAGAAGCGAUGGAAGUAAAAGUGCAGAGCUAUUAUUAGAAAAGGCUUUAGACCGCGAACAGCAGUCUACUUUUCAGCUGAUACUGACAGCCAUUGAUGGGGGUACUCCACACAGAUCUGGUACUGUGCAAAUUAAUAUUUCUGUACUGGACAGCAACGACAAUGCUCCUGUAUUUGAUAGCGAACUGUACAGAGCCACUGUACUUGAAAAUGCGCCUAAAGGCGCACUGGUGAUAAAAAUCAACGCUGCUGAUAAGGAUAAAGGCAGCAAUGGUGAGUUGACUUACUCUUUCACAAGACACGUUUCUAAAAACAAUCGUGAAUUAUUCAAAUUGGACCCAUUAACUGGAGAAAUCCGAGUUCAAGGUGUUUUGGAUUUUGAGGAGUCAAGUGUUUAUGAACUUGAUGUGGAAGCAGUUGAUCGUGCUCCACCAGGUCUGGCGGGACAUGCCAAAGUUAUAGUCGGAUUAACUGAUGUUAAUGAUAAUGCACCCAAAGUUGAGGUAUCGUCCGUAUCCAGUUCUAUCCCAGAAGAUGCACCGCCAGGUACUGUGAUUGCUCUAAUCAGUGUCAGUGACUUUGACUCGGAAAUAAAUGGUCAAAUUCAGUGUCAGAUUACCGAUAAUGUUUCAUUUAAACUUCAACCAUCUUCUGAGAAUAAUUAUAAAUUGGUUUCACGCGAUUUCCUCGACCGCGAAGACGUUCCAGUACACAAUAUUUCUAUUUCAGCCUGGGACGGUGGUUCGCCUCCUCUCUCGACAUAUACGUCCAUUAGGAUUGCUGUUUCUGACAUAAAUGACAAUGCACCGGUAUUCACACAUUCGUUAUAUAAUGUAUAUCUAACAGAGAACAACGCCGCCGGUGCUUCCAUAUUCAGGGUAACUGCUGCAGACUCUGAUAAGGACCAUAAUAGUGAUGUGUCCUAUUCUAUUUUGGAAAAUGGCACGGAAGGAGGCCCUGGAUACGUUACAAUUAACUCUAAAAAUGGAGAUAUUUAUUCACUUCGCUCAUUUGAUUAUGAACAACUAAAACAGUUCCAGGUGAAACUUCAAGCCCGGGAUGCUGGAUCACCUCCUCUCAGUAGCAGUGCCGUUCUGAAUGUUAUCAUUCUGGACCAAAACGACAAUGAGCCUAUUAUUGUUUCACCUUUGCUGUGGAAUAGUUCAGCGAUCGUGGAGAUAGAAUCUCAACAAAUGUAUCCUGGCUACCUGAUUAUGAAGAUAAUUGCCAUGGACGCUGACUCUGGGCAGAAUGGGCGGCUUUCGUAUCAAAUGUUAGAGGCUACUAAUCCACAAUUGUUCAAUGUGGAUUCUCUGUCUGGGGAAAUCAGAACAACUGGAAGUUUUGGGAGCCAAGAUCUCGCCGCAGAAAAGCUCGUUCUAUCCGUAAAGGACAAUGGACAACCAAGACUCUCCAGUACUGUCACAAUCUCCUUUUCAAUUUUGCUCAAUUUUACUGAUAACUCAUUUGAAUUCACUCAGGAACACCAGAAUUCGGAAUAUUUAAACUUUUAUCUAAUUAUCUUGUUAGGGUCAACUUCUUUAGUUUUUCUACUAAUCAUUAUUUUAUUGGGUAUCGUGACUUUCAAGCAGAGGAGGAAUAUCGCUGAAGGUUACAACUCCGUAGCCUGUUGCUACAAUCGGAGAAAUUCGAACAUUACUUUGAAACAGCGAUCUGCAACAACACAUACGUUAAAUUAUUCCGGGCCCGACAGUGCUGAUGGUUAUGGCUACACGGUGUGCCUCACACCAGAAUCAUCUAACAGUGAAUUUAUGUUCCUAAAGCCCUGCUCGUCUACCCUACCUCUCAGAGAACUCCAUCUGUCCUCAACUACCCAUUAUCAAAUUUCUUACGAUGAGAUUUCGGAACUCCGUUUGUCUCCGAUUAUGACACACCAGUUUCCCCUUUAA